AUUGAAUUCAGCGCUUCAAUGACAGCGACCUCGUGUCAUGUGGCCAACUCAAAAUAUUUGACGAUAAAUCGCUCAAGUGGAGCGAGUUGAGCGAAAGUUAGGUACUUCAACAAUUUAUAUACCAAACAAAAGGGCUUAAGCAUUAUUGAAUUUUAAAAGUAAUUGACUAAAAAAUUAAGAUAAUGGCAGUGUUUGCACGAUUGACGCCACGCAUUUUGGGCCAAGCUUCGAAUGCCACGUUGAGGUCUAUUCAUACUACAACAGCCAACAAUGCGCUCCCUGAUCGCCCUGACGCUCGAACUAAAUGCACACUCAUUCCUGGUGAUGGUGUCGGCCCAGAACUUAUCUACGCUGUUCAAGAAGUCUUCAAAUCCGCAACGGUUCCAGUUGACUUUGAGACCUUCUUCUUCUCCGAGGUGAAUCCCACGCUCAGCGCACCCCUCGAUGAUGUUGUCGGUUCCAUCUCGCGGAAUCGCGUCUGCCUUAAAGGCAUUCUCGCCACACCGGACUACAGUAACACCGGGGAAUUGCAGACGCUUAAUAUGAAGCUUCGCACGUCACUCGACCUCUACGCGAACGUAGUGCACGUCAAGUCGCUGAAGGGCGUCAACACACGACAUAGUAACAUCGAUGCCGUAAUUAUUCGUGAGCAGACCGAAGGCGAGUACUCCGCGCUGGAACAUGAAGGUGUGCCCGGGGUUGUUGAGUGUCUCAAGAUUGUCACGGCGAAGAAAAGCCAACGUAUUGCCAAAUUUGCCUUCGAUUAUGCCACCAAGAACAACCGCAAGAAGGUCACUGCUGUCCACAAAGCAAACAUCAUGAAACUUGGCGAUGGCUUGUUUUUAAAAUCAUGCGAAACUAUCGCUAAGCUAUACCCAAAGAUCCAAUUUGAGAAGAUGAUCGUCGACAAUACCACCAUGCAGAUGGUUUCCAACCCACAACAGUUCGAUGUGAUGGUCAUGCCUAACUUAUACGGCAGUAUUCUCGAUAAUCUCGCUUCCGGUCUUGUAGGAGGCGCUGGCGUUGUUUCUGGUGCUUCAUACUCAGCAGAAUCAGUUGUAUUUGAACCUGGUGCGCGACAUACAUUUGCGGAAGCAGUAGGCAAAAAUGUCGCCAACCCGACAGCCAUGUUGCUGUGCGCAGCGAAAAUGUUACACCAUGUCAAUCUACCAGCCUACGGCAGCAUGAUCCGCAAUUCAGUAGAGAAAGUCCUCAAGGAUGGCAAAGUACGCACCAAGGACAUUGGAGGUCAAGCCAGCACGCAAGAGUUUACCCAUGCUGUCAUCCAUAAUCUGCAACCAUUGCCAUCGGCAUAAAACACGAAUUAUUACUUAAUGUAGGCAUCACAAUGCAUUUUAUUAUGUUUGUCUAUAUUAUUCAGUGUGUGCCCAAUUUGAAAACAAUUUCAUUACCAGUUGCGUUACCAGAACGUCCCGCAGUAUUUAUUAUUUAUUUAAUUUGUCGACCGAUGCGGAAAUUGUACAUUUAAUAAAAACUCACCAUUAUUA